UCGUCUCGCCAGGCUAGUAUCAAGCCGGGAGCCGUCGAGAGAGUCGAUCCACCACCGGAAAUCGGUCAACUGAUUACGACUACCGACUGCGAGAACGCGACGGGGUAGAACAUAUUUACGGUAGUUCAACGCGCGUUCGACGUGCACGUCCGAUUUCCGCCGAAGCUUCCUGCGUAGGAGAGAGAAAGCGAAAAAGAGAGGAAGAUAGAGAGAGGAAGAGAGAAAGAGAGAGAGAGAGAGGAAAAAGAAAAAUGGAGCGCGCAGCCGGAUCGAUCGCGAUACAAGCGGACGGCUGACUUGUGAGUGAACCGCGAGCGAGUAGUAGUCGCCUUGACGGCUUAACGAGCCGAUGUACUACGCGCUGUGCCGGCGCCAUUGAAGGCUAUACCACGAGAGAGAGAGAGCUCCACACCACGUCGGGGAACGGCGUUGUCGUCGUCGUCGCGAACGUGCCGAGCGAUCAUCCCCCGGUCUCUCGCGAUUCUGCGUCGCGACGUUGGAGAGGGAGGGACAGAGCUGGUGUGUGGUGAAAGUGCUCAUCGCGUGAUUAGGUCGAGGUCGUGUCGCUCGUCGCUGAGACCGCUCUCCAUCCGGUGACCUUCGUGCGGGAGAUGAAGCUCGAGGUUAGGUGACGUUUCCGAACUUAUUACGGAACUGAUCAUCCGGCGAGAGCCUCUCGGCGCCGUCGUUUCCGACAAGCAAACGCGCGCGUACAUUCCGCCGAAGAAGUCGCACCGUAAAAGUGUGUCAUCGACGCGACGCAACGCGAGGAGGCGACCCGAUAUAGUUGGAUCGCGGCUAAGCACCCCUUCGAUACGGAAGGGAACGAUACAAGGAAUAAUUCCCUCGACGCACCACCGGCCGGAUUUUGCUGGAUUGUUGUGCACAAGUCGGUUUCAAGAAAAUUCUCUAAGAAAAUUGCGGAAGUCGUUCCAAAUCCGAUCUUUCUUUCCAAAACACACGCAGUUGUUGAAUUAUCCAUAUCCACGUAUAUAUAUAUAUAUAUACACAUAUACAUAUAUGUAUAAAAUAACAUAUUCUCUCUCAAUAGAAAUUGUUGGCGAUAUAUUCGAAUAGACAAUUCAAGUACUUUUUCAGCGAGAGAGAACGAAGUUUGUACGAAGUAUUACGCUAUUCACUUUCGACGAGCUUAAACUCGCACUACUCGCUGGUUGUGUGUUAUCUUCGAUGUUCGAAUGUAAACCCGAUAAAAAAAAAAUUUUAAAAAAUAAUCCGGUCAGCUUCUCGAAUUCCUGUUAGAAAAUGAAAACUAUUAGUCGUGUUCCGCGAAGAAAGAAAACUGACGAAACAUCCGACUGAGAUCUCGACGUUACUUCUUCGAUGUCUCUUUAACGUAAAAAAAUGCAAUCGAGUGACUGUGACCAAGAUUGUUAGAGAUAUUCCGCAAAGCUACGAUGCUGGUAUGAACAAAUUGAGCGACGCGUUAGGCGGUGAUUCUAUUUGAUGUCAGAAAAAAAGAAUACACCAUCUCUCUGUUCGUUUGAUUAUAAGUUACGCGGACCCAAAACUCUCGACGGGUUUAAUUGAAACGCUCCUUUUUCGGUAAUCAAUCUCUUGUGUCAGACAAAUUGAAAAUCAUACGCGCGCAAGAGUAAAAAAAAUCUGGUUAUCUCUAGAAAAAAAAAAAAAAAUUAAGUGCACUCGGAGGAUAAACACUCACGAGAAUUUCGAUGCGUCCAAUCGAUCGACAGACUGAACUUGAAAUUGAACAUAUCUAGAAAUAUCGACCUUUAUUAAGGCGACGAGCGAAUAUUUCACGCUAAUUGAAGCAAUCAUAUUAGAACAGCAAAGUAAGAAAGUAUCAUCUCUUCUCGAGAAUUUGAAAAAUUCAAUAGCAAAGUUACGUUAGCGAUCGAAGAUAAGAAACGUUCGUACGUUUUGACGAAUUUGAUAACAAAUUUACGAAAAAAAGAGAGAGAGAGAGAGAGAGAGAGAGAAAGAGAAAUAUAUCUUUCUGCAGACACUCGGAGCUAAAAGCACGUAAAGUUCGCAGACUGCAUAUCAAGCUACACGCGCGAACCGCGCGUGCGUCCUCACGUGCUCACACGGAUGAAACUGGGUGGCACAACGUGGCCGACGUCACGCACCCACACCUCCCCGAACUCUUACGCGUGAUGCGUACAAGCGCGUGACGUUAUAUACGCGCGUAUACACAAAUCAACCCCCACGCUUCGAAUGUACUGCAGAACCUAGCGGCCAGUUUUUAGACCGAGUGAAUCAUGCAUCCCUCGCGCUUGAUGGCGCCGCUUCUGUUGGCUGCGUUGCUGGCCUGCCAGGUGGCACGCUCCUUUCUGCUGGAAGGCUCGUCUACGAGCUACGCGCAAUUUCGCAAAUGGAACGCCGGUCUGAACGGCACUCUGGAGUUUGAGUUCAAGACCGAGCAGGGCAACGGUCUGCUGCUCUACACGGACGACGGCGGCACCUACGACUUCUUCGAGGUGAAGCUGGUCGAGAGCGCUCUCAGACUGAGGUACAAUCUCGGCGGGGGUGCCCAGAUCGUUACGGUCGGCCACGAUCUCGGCGACGGCCACUGGCACAAGGUGCAGAUCACCAGGUGCAACGAGAACACCACUCUGACCGUGGACGGUGUCAGCGCGGUCUCCACAUCGCGCGGCAAGGAGUUCGAGUUCGGCAAGCUCGCCGGGAACUCGGACGUUUACGUGGGCGGUAUGCCCAGCUGGUACAACAGCAAGCUUACACUGUUGGCACUGCCCAGCGUGAUAUUCGAGCCCAGGUUCAACGGAUUUAUUAGGAAUCUCGUGUAUGCCGACGGCGAGAAUACCGUUCCCAGGAGGCAGGAGAUGAAGAGUCGGGACGCCAAGUGCGGUGGCUUUCCGUGCGUCGAAAACGUCAACAAACGCAAGUCACCGAGGAGUUUACGCAACAUGGUGAAUACGACGGACGCCUGCGAAACUCGCGAUCCCUGCCAGCACGGAGGUAUUUGCAUUUCGACGGAUAGCGGACCGAUCUGCGAGUGCCGCACCGGUGAUUACGAGGGAGCGUAUUGCGAGAAAGAGGCAUGGAGCACGGUGCUGCCCACGGCGGGUGCUGGCGAUUACUGGGCUUGGGAUUACAACAAAGCUCCCUCGGAAGCGUCGUUCAGAGGAACCGAAUAUCUCACGAUAGAUCUGAGCAAAGGACAACCGGUGUUCAGCACGCAGGAAUCCAUAAGUCUUCAGUUCAAAACGAGACAACCGAAUGGACUUUUGUUUUACUCCGGAGAGGGUGAUGAUUAUCUCACCGUGUCGCUGAGAGACGGAGGCGCCGCGGUCGGGAUGACGUUGGCCAAAGGAAGAUUAGAUCUGCACAUAAAGCCGGCCAGGGUGCGGUUCGACGAUAAUCAGUGGCACAAGAUCAUCGUUCACAGGAAAGUCCAAGAGAUCUCCUCGAUAACCAGCUUCUGCAGGCUCUCGGCUAUUGUCGACGGGAUUUACGCCGAGCACGGACACACCGCGGGAUCGUUCGCGCACUUGGCGAGCGAUCGACUUCUCGUCGGUGGCGGCGCCGACGCGAGAUCCUUGCAGGGCGCCAAAGGGAUCAACAAUUUUGUCGGAUGUCUAAGAAAGGUGGAGUUCGCAGCGGAAGGCAUCAAGAUGGAAUUAAUCGAGGCGGCCAGAAGCGGAGCCGCGGGUGCGGCUGCUUGGGGAAAGAUGGAUUUUCACUGUCGCGAGCCUAAAGCCUCAGACCCGAUCACAUUUACCACCCGAGAUUCGCAUCUCAAGGCCGGAUCGACGUUAAGUGCGAAGCGACUUCACAGAAAUGUGGUCACAUUCACCAGCUCAGAGUCCCACCUGGUUCUGCCACCCUGGAAGGCCGCCAAGUCCGGGAGUAUAUCCUUCAAAAUUCGCACAAACGAACCCAAUGGACUCAUCAUGUACAGCCGCAGCGGGGCGCACACGAGGCAAGAUUUGUUCGCCUUCGAAAUUCUCGGAGGUCAUAUUUAUCUGCACGCCGAUCUCGGAAGCGGCCCCGUUAAAGUGAGAGCGUCAAAGGCGCGCGUAGACGACGGCGUCUGGCACGAUAUUUCGUUGAGAAGAGUCGAGAGGGACGGUAGAGUCACCGUCGACACCUUCACAGUCGAAUUUCGCACACCAGGCGAUUCCACGCAAUUAGACUUGGACGGCUUACUAUAUAUCGGCGGCGUGGGCGCGCCAUUCGCACCCCUAACCGUUCCGCCUGUUUUGUGGACGGGUGCCCUUCGUCAAGGCUACGUGGGUUGCAUGCGGGAUCUCGUAAUUAAUGGACACCCAGUGGACAUCGCGGGAUACGCACAUCAGCAGGAUUCUGGUGCGGUCAGACCUGCAUGCCCCAUUCAACCUGCGCAUUGCCCUUCGCAGCCGUGCAUGCACGGGGGUCAUUGUAUCGAAGGGUGGAAUCGAUUUCAUUGCGAUUGCACCGGUACCUCUUUUACCGGACCUACUUGUGGCAAAGACGCGUCGACGUUGCAUCUGAACGGCACGCAGCAGAUGUCGGCGCUGAUGCCGGAGGAUUCCAGAACGCAGGCGGAAGAAAUUGUCGUGCGAUUCAAAACGACGAGGCCGCGCGGUCUUCUGUUGGCGACGAAUUUGGAUAACUCUCCCGAUCGUUUGGAGAUUUAUCUGGAAGAGGGCAAGGCGCACAUGCUGAUUCACAUCGGCGAUCGAGAAAAGUUAAUAGUAGCCGGACAGGGUCUCAACGAUGACAUGUGGCACACACUGAGAUUCUCCAGACGAUCCACCAUACUCAAGCUUCAAAUCGACAAUGAACCAGCAGUACGAGAGGAGACGCAGCUGGGAAAGCAGGGCAUUUUGGAAUUUCGCACUCUUCACGUGGGCGGAUAUCUACACGCGAACGAGGACAUACCGCACUUCGUGGGUCAAUUGCAGCAGAUCUGGUUCAACGGAUAUCCGUAUUUGGAGAUCGCUCGCAGCGCUGGCAAUCAUCAGACCUCGCAUCAAGGCGUAACGCCCAUCAUCAGAGUAACCGGCAAAUUCGGGAAGAGAAACCAUCCGGUUCAUCAUCCGGUUACCUUCACGUCCAAACACACGUUCGUCGGGCUUCCGGUGCUCAAGGCAUACGUGGAAACCAAUAUCUACUUUCAGUUCAAAACGCGCGAAGCGAACGGCCUGAUUCUUUACAACGGCGGGAGAGAGCACGACUUCAUUGCGAUCGAGUUGGUUAGCGGACACGUGCACUACACAUUCGACCUGGGCGACGGACCCGUCAGGAUCAGAGACACGUCCAAGUUGAAAUUAAACGACGGCAAAUGGCACGCCGUCAGCAUCGGCAGACCCGCUCCGAAGAGGCACACCCUCGCUGUGGACGAUCACGUGACCGCCGUCAACAGCCAGGGCAGUAACGAGAAUCUCGAUCUCGAUGGAAUUUUGUACAUAGGCGGAGUUGAAAAGACGCAGUACGGCCAAUUACCAAAGGAGAUAAUGAGCCGUCACGGAUUCGAGGGAUGUCUGGCGUCAUUGGAUCUUAGCGGUGAGAGCACCGAUCUUAUUAGCGACGCCGUGGUGCCGAGCGCGCUCGUCAUUACCGGAUGUGAUGUUUUCACCAACGUACAUCCGGGAAAGAAGUGCACGCACGAUCUCUGCGCGAAUCACGGCACGUGCGUGCAGCAGUGGAACAGCUACACGUGCGAUUGCGACAUGACGAGUUUCACCGGACCGACUUGCAACGAUGAGGCUGUCGCUUACGAGUUCGGACCCGGCAGAGGAAUAAUUACGUACACGUAUCCAGCCGAUCGUCGACCGGAAAUGAAAAGGGACACUGUGGCUUUGGGUUUCGUCACCGGAGUCAGCGAUGCCGUGCUACUUAGAAUAGAAUCCGCGUCGAGCAAUGAUUAUCUCGAGAUUGAAAUUGUGGAAGGCAACGUGUUCGCGGUUUACAACAUGGGCACCAACGACCAUCCAAUCGGCGAAGUCGGCGUAAAAGUUAACGACAACCAGUAUCACGUAGUUAGAUUUACCAGGACGGGACCGAACAGCACGUUACAGGUCGACGACUACAAUCUGCAGUCCAAUCAUCCAUCCGGUCAUCAGCUGACGGUAUUUAACAGUCAGUCCACCAUUCACGUGGGCGGUCGAUGGAAUCACAGCAAGGGCAGAGUCGAGCGACCGUUUCUAGGUGUGAUAGCCGGACUGGUGGUGAACGGAGCUAGAAUUUUAGAAUUAGCGCUCGCCAAAGAUGGCAAAGUCACACCCAGAGGAGACGUGCAACUUCUGCCGACCGGAAGUCUCUUGGAUCGCACCGGGCCGUUGCAAAGAAUGCAACAGACGCCCGCGUCCGGCUUUCCCGGUGUCAUGGACGACCUUAUAUUCUCCGGCGCCGGAAGCGGUUGCGCCGGCGACGACGAGGACGAGGAGUGCACUCCAAUCUACGAUCCUGGUUCCGGUAAGUACGAUAUCAUCACUCCGGUGUACGUGGCGCCCACGCGAUUGCCGACGACACUGAGGCCAAAGCCGCACAAGGAAAAUAUGGAACGUCCAUCUUGCGACGACGAGGAGGACUGCGAGGAAGGUUCCGGCGACGCCAGAACGACGGAAGAGAUUUUCGUCACCUCGGCCACCGAUCUCAGCUCGGUGACGUACACGUCGCCUCGCGAUUACUCGACGAGCCACACCAGCACGCAGACGUCGUCAUCGGCACCGUCGUCGUCGUCAUCGUCGUCGUCGUCGUCGUCGUCGUCGCCGUCGACAACGUUGAGCCGCGACGUUGUCACCGUCUCCGUCCAAUACAAUGUGUCAACCACAGACCUCGAGACCAGCCACGGCAGCAGCGUUGUGACGCACCGAACGACCACCGUGACGACGCAGACGACCACGACGGAGAUGACGGAACCUCCGCCGCCGCCGCCGCCGCCGAUGUACCCCCCGAUGCCCACUCCGCCCAAGAAUAACAACAAGCGUAUCACUUCCGAGGCGGCCGAAAACGCCGCGCUCAUAAUUGGCGUGAUAGCUUCCGCGCUGAUAGCGAUAGUCCUCAUCCUGUUGGUCUUGGUAAUCAUCAAGUUCAAGAGCCGGCCGGAGACGAGCUACAAAAUGGACGAGACGAAGACGUUCUGUCAGGAUCCGAACGCGGCGUUGUUGGGCGCCGCCGGUUCCGGUCAGCCGUUCAACGGCGCCCUGAAGAACGGCGCCAACGGCAGCAAAGCCAACAAGAAGCGAGAACUGAUAGACAUUAAAGAGUGGUACGUGUAAAAAAAAAAAAAAAAAAAAAAAAAAAAAACGGAAUACACCGUUUGUGCUUCGAGGGUUGUGUGUCCCGAGGGUACGGACAUUGAUGACCGACACGCUCAUACCUUUCCGUCAUUACCUUUCGUUCUGUUUUCGUCGUUAGAAGAAAAAAAUGGAUGGACGCGUUCGCUGUUUGCGAAAGAGCGCGUGUGUGCUCUUAUCAAGAGAGAGCGAAAACAAUAAUAAUUUAUUUUAUCGCGCCGGGUUCUCGCGACAAAAGUGCGAGAAAAGCGCGCGUUUCCUCACACGCGGGAGUUCCUCCUCCCGUGGGCGCGCGCGCGCGUCGUGUCACAGACAAGAAAGUUUCACGCGCGCGAGAGUUCCAAAGGAUCCGUCUCGAGAACAACACGCAUAUAUAUAUCUCCGAUAUGACCACGAGGAGGAAAGUGUGUGAUCGCCGUAACACGCGUCUCCUUCGCGAGAGAAUAAUCUUCAAGCUGCUUAAACUUCGUAGUGGACGAGUUGUUGCGGAUAGGUGCCUCGCGGAGAGAUCUGAAACAAUCAGAGAGAGGGAGCGGCUUACAAUAUGUAGUUAAGUGUGAACGAAACAUUCCGUGGUGGUAUCUCGCGAAGAGAACCGACGCGCGCGAACUAAUUAAAAAAAAAAAAAAAAAAAAGAAAAAAAACACGAUUGAUAAAUUGCGCGCGAAGAAAGAAAGACACUUUUCGCGAGAAAGAGAGCGUUCGACGAUAUAUCGAUCGUGGCAAAACGCCAGUCUCAAGCGAUGGGAUAUAACAUGCGAAAUUUCUCUUAAACUCUACGAUGUGAAUUGAGGCAAACAAUUUAUCGCACAUUUAAAAAAAAAAAAAGAGAGAAAAAUAAUCCCUUACUCUCGCAAAACAGUUUAGAGAGAGUUUAACCAGUCAAUGAUGCGAGAGAUGCAUCCGACUAACGUUGCCUCGCUUUUUCUUCGUUCCCUCGAUGCGAAACAAGAUCAAGUAGGAAAAUUGCGAAUCGAGCGGGAACGUAAGAGAAAAGCGAGCGGGAAGAAGUUAGAAUUAAUUAUAGGAAUUAAUUGAAGAAAGAGAGGAGCAAUUGAAGGGUGAUACUAGCACAAUGUUUGUGAGUCGGAGACGAGUCUUAGGAGAAGCAACCGUGUAAAGUGUAGGUAGGAUCUUUAUUUUCAGAAGAGGAAGUGUUUUUUUGUUGUAACUUUAUUACUUUUUCAAUAAAUUCUUUUCCCCCACGAGCGCCGUCUCGUUAUAGAAUAAAUUCUCAAAAAAAAUAAAAAAUAAAAAAUAAAAAUAAAGAAAACACAUCGAGAAAUGUUGAUUUCGACGUUAUUGCAAUUUUUCUCACGUUCUCUUUCACGUCGAUAUUCUUUACCAGUUUAGAUUACCCAUGCGUUGAGAUUUAGAUAAAUAAUAAGAUAUGCUGUUUGCGCGAGCGAUUUGUACGAUUGUGUAUCGUUUAGAUAAGGAAACGAAAAACCUUUUUUAAGUGAGAGAAAUGCGUGAAAUAUCUCAAUAUAUUGUUUAUUGCUAUAUAUAUAUAAGAUUUUAUAGAUGUUAUAAAAUUCUGAGGAAAUAACCUCUAGGAGAGAUUUGUUUUUAUAUUUAAGAGUUUUAAUUGGAUCAUUUUCCCGAUAUAUUGCAAAGGUUUGAUAUAAUUACACGCGCACUCGGAUUCGCACUCUCGUGAGCAAGAAUUUUUUUUUUUUUUAUUAACGCAGAUUCGCGAAAUUUGAUUUUUCGAAAUGUGUCUAAAAGUUCCUCCGAAUACAGAAAACAAAACAAAUAUAUAUCAUCUUGAUUAACGCGGGAUCGUUCAAGAAGUGAUUUCUCUUUUUUGCGUUUUUACACAAAUAUUGAGAAAUAAAAAUUAGAAAAUAAAUUACAUGUAUAACGAAAUGUGAUAUAUUCUCUCCCGAGCAAAUGUUGUCAAUUCGAUGCAAACGUUUGAUUUUUUUUCUUUCAUUUCGUUCUCAAUGAGCUUUUCCGCGAAAGAAGAAUCGAGAACGUUGGAAGCGAAACGUUUAGGGACGAAAGUGUCGUAUAAAAAAAAAACGCUAUUUUAUCCUAUUCACACAAACACACACAAUCGUUGUUACAUAAGAGAAUAUGAAAGUAGCAUAUGUAAAUGGCACACACACGCAAUUAUGUUACACGUGUAAAUUGUUUGACGAUUUAAAUAAAUUUUAUUAAGUCUGUGUGUGCGCGCGCGCGCGCGCGCGCGUUUUGAAGAGUUACACGACGCGUAUCAUAUAAGUGAGAUGCGUUCGAAGGAUUCGGGUGCGAUAUGCGUGAUUUACCGAGCAAGGAGAAGAAAAAAACGUGUAAAAUCUCCGUGUCGAAUUUUCGACACGCGGCCAACACACACUCUUUCGAAAAUUUUUCGAAACGUUUUGUCCGUAAAUACUUUUACGUCUGAACUAUCUCUCUCUCUUAUACACAGCGUCAAGAUUCGCUUCUAUUAAUUUCGACGCACGACUAGCAAUAAAUAUACAAAAAUAGUUUUGUAACUAGCAAUAAAUGUAUAAAUAGUGUUUACGUGCGGAUAAAUACAAACGACACGUGCGAGCGCGUGUCAUUGGCUAAAAUAAAAUAAAAAAACACAGAUCGAGAGAGACGUGUCCUUCUCGUUUCGGGUAUAUCGCACACUCGAAUGUUUCGCGCGUGUGAGAGACUGUGCGUGUAAAGUAAAAAGAAAAAAAAUCUUAUUAUACAUUUGCGGAAAGAGUGUGUUUGUAAGAAUCGCGAGAGAGAAAGAACAAACGCGUGCGCGUAACGUGUGAGUAAUAGACCGCCGUAGCGUACGUAAAUACGCUUGUAUUCGUAUAAAUCACAGGGUGUGUGAGUGCCGUAAUGUCACAUUGCACGAAUUAGGUGAUGUACGUUCCGUUUAUAUUAUAAUUGCGAAUGAGAGACGAGCAUUGAAAAUUGAAACGCGCAGCAGCGAAAAUCGCAAGUGCACUCAAUAGUCGUUCGUAUCGAAUCUCUCUCUUCGUCUCCUCUCCUGUUGAGAUUUGCGAAAAAAAACGUGAGAUUAAUUUUGUUUUAUUUCUUUCUCUGCGUUGCUCUUUUAUCUUUUCUUGAACAAAACAAAAUAUGAAUCACAUUAUUGUUGUCCGACAAUUCAAUCAAGCGACAAGCCGCGUGCGCGAGAAAAGUAACGAGGCAAAACUCGUCAUCGGUUAAAAAAAAAAAAAAAAAGCAAUAAAUAGGGAAGCUUUUAGCGACUUAAGCUAAUCUUAAAGCGCAAUUUCAUUUCCCAAAGCGAUGCUUCCCCGCCUGACUUUCGAGCGCUCCUCGUACGUACAUCGGAUCUGUUCUUUUCAGCUAGUCUUUUUAUGUUUCUGUUUUCAUUUUCACGGCAGAAGAAGGUUAUAAGGGAACUGUGUGCUACUGGAAAGAAUAGAUCUUACAUGUGGGCGAACACAAGAAGGGAGUGUGUAUAUGUACGUACACACAAAUUGUGUUAUUCAACAAACAAUAUCCUUCAACAGUAGGACACACUUUUCUCUGUAUCACAGCGAUUACUUGAUAAAAAAAAAAAGAAAACAAAAACGUCCGAUUGUUACAAAACUGCUUUUGAAUGUUUUGUAAAUUGUAACGCUUCUCUUUUUUCUGCAAGCACAUUUCCCACGUGUGUGUAAAUCGUCUUUUCUUAUCUCUCACACUUGUUGUAGAGGAUACUCUCAGAAUUAGUUUCUGCUACUGAUAGUUCCCUCUCUUCUUCUUCUUCUUCCCUCUCUUUCUCUCUCUCUCUCUCUCUCUCUUUCUCUCUCUUUACUUUAUGUGAUAAAACUAAACAAAAACUUACCAAAAAACACACGUAUCUCAAAGCAACAAUCCUCAGGGAAGUACGUAAUUAUUGCAAUUAAUCGGGAGUAAAAUCGAGAGACCUUCGUGAUCGAUUGCUCGACUAAUUGGCAACAAUAGUUUCACUCACUAUCGAACGUGAUUUCGUCCGGUUUUUUUGUGAGUUUGAUCUCUGACGUAUGUUUUAACGAAAACAAAUCAUACCAUUUCAAUUCACUUCCAGCGUUAUUGCGGAUUAUACACUAAUUGUGAGAACUUUGAUGAACUUUUAGAGAUUAGAUUUAAUUUUCGAAAUCUAGUCCGAUAUAUGUAUAUGUACAUGAUAUCUUCUAUCAUUGUGUGUGACGGAAAAAAAAUUUCUUUCGAUCAAAACGAGACGCGUAAUCUUGUGAACUAUAAUUCAAAGAGUCUUUUUAAUCUUUACUCACAAGAAUCUUCUCUCUCUUUCUCUCUCUUUCUCUCUCUCUCUCUCCUUUGGAACGAUUACUAACAAUAAGUCGAAAAGAUUAUCUACUCGAUCAAAAGAUCCAUUUUGCACGCGGACCGUUUUUACGAUUAUUGUAAAAAAGACAUCACGAUGAUUGCGUCUAGCAGUAAUUAGCACUUGAUGAACGAAUAGUAGUGAUUACUUGGUCUGUGAUUGAGGGAAUAAUAGUUUUAAAUAUGUGAAAUAUAUAUAGAUUAACAGAGAGCAACGUUGUUCACACACACAAGCAUUAAUUAUUACUCGUUUACUAAGCGUGUUUUUCCUAGACGCAAUCAAUAAUAUCCUCAACGUCUCCAUCUUGUUAGACUUGGCAAUUGUUUAUUCCCUUUUUCUCUACUCUUCCCUAUUUCUUAGAGUCCAUUUGUAUAGACUAUGGCAAAUCAAUGUGCGAAUCAACGUGUGAAUUUUGUACAUAUGUAUUUAAAUGUGAAUCUUGCGUGUACGCGGGCAGUUUUAAUUAAUUGUUUAUUUUUAUAGAUAUAAUUAUUCGUAUUUUCAAUGAUUGUAAUAUUUUUUUUUUUUCACGAAAAGCAAAUGCUGCUCUGUUGAAAAAUUGUUGUCAGAACAAUUGUCUUCAACACAGCGACACGCGCUGACAUAUUUUUUUUCUCGUAACAGAGAGUUUGUUGUUAAAACAUUUUUUUAAUAAUAUUUUUUUGUUAUUUUUGUUCUCUUUACAAAAAGAAUCUCAAAUGUGUUGUCGCCACACUGCCCUCUCUCCAAUUCUCUAUCUGCAUAUCCUUCGAUAUACUGAACAAUGUACUGAACUAUAACAUUUAUACUAAACUAAAUUAACUUCUAUGAAAAAAAAAAAAAAGUUACAUUUAGUGAACGAUGUUUACUCUACUAUGUAGCUUACACACAAUGUACUGAACUUUGAAAGUCGUGGAAAAAAAAAGUGUGUCGUGCGCAUAAAGCGCCGGAGCAGUGUCGGAAUAGCGCACGCUUCUCGUCUUUAUAAAGCUUUCGGAUUAUGUCCAUCACCACAUCGAGAAUCGAGAAAUUUUGCGGAAAUCGUGACGUAAGAAACAAACAAAAAAACAAAAAAAAACUGAAACGUCGAAUCGCACCGAAACCACUUAACUGCGAAUUUUAUAAUUUUAACUUUGCUAUUCGCUGUCGCUUAACGAAACUCUAGACGUGCAUUCUGUCAGAGCUCUUUUUCUCUCUCUUCGUAGAAUGCGCAUUAAAUGUUAUAGCAAGUUGUUGAAAAACAGUCAUAUUUGUUUUUUUUUUUUUUUUCACUGCGAAUAUUUAAAACUCUCUCGGUAUCGAUAUCCUUUGAAGGAUACAUAUAGUUUAAAAAAAUCGCCAAUAAAUUAAUAUCUAAUUAAGACGUUAAGAGCACAACGGGGCAAACAAAUUGCUACAACAUUUGACAAAUAAAUAUCAUAGAGAUUGUCAUGCGAGUUGUCACUUGUUUCGUUCGAUACAUAGCAAAGCGUAAAAUUAUCAAGAUCGCCGCUGUUUUAAUGGACAACCACCCCUGGAAUAAUACCCUGAAAUUUGUGAAGAAAAAAAAACGCGACAAAAAUAAAUAAACGCUCACUUACAGCUGUACUUAGAGAGGCCGCUAUAGCUAGAUGAAAUUAUAUUUUACAUUGUACAGUCAUACGGUAUAAAAUGCACUAUAAAUUAGGUAGUGAAAAAAAAAAAAAAACUCAUGUUCAUGAACGAAGAAGCGAGGAAAAAAGAAAUACGCGUAUAGGAAAGAAAAGUGAUUUAAAUGGCGUUGUUGAGUAUAAAUGAGUCCCGUCAAGUUCCACAGAAGCGGACACGCUUUUGUUGUCGGCUAGCUGCGAAUUUUUACGAUAGGUAUAUAUGUAUAGUAUAUAAAGAUGUAUACAACCAUAUAUACAAGGUAACAGGCUGAUCCCGAUCAAUAAAAAAAAAAAAAAACAAAAACAAAAACAACAAAAAAACACUUGUUGAACGGAUGGUGUUGUGAGAAAAAAAAACAAUGUCGUUAUUGAAAACAAAAAGAAACGAGAGAGAGACACCGGAGACGCGCAUGAUCCGGACAGAAUUUUUGCGUGCGAGAAGAGUUUUUAAAUACCCCAUGUAGAUUGGAAAUGGAUGUUGUUUGUUUUGUUGAGAGAAAUUGUUCCGUUGAAUUGAAACUAAUAAAACGGCGAAUUUCCAAGUU